CGUGACAAGCAGUAAUGGCGGCGCCCAUGAACAUGGUUACAGAAAUCUCUAUCAAAUAUUUAUAUUAGAAGCGAUUAUUGAAUUGCCAGAUUGUUCAAACCUUUGUUCACUGCUCGUGCAAUCGCCCACAGUAGAGCUGUGUUCAUAAACUCAGGAUAUUAAAGUGUGCAAGCGCCGGUUAAGAAUGGCAACAGACUCAAAAUAUAAAGAACUACAUGUUAUAACUGGAGGAGGCGGGUAUCCAGGUUUUUGUCUUGGUAAAGAGUUAAUCAAACGAGGACAUAGAGUUAGAUUGAUUGAUAUUCGUGAACCUAUCUGGGAUCUUUUGGAUGGAAUGGAAUUUGUAAAGGGUGAUAUACGACAAAUGACAGAUAUCAACACAGCAUUUUUAGGAGCUGAUAUUGUUUAUCACUUGGCAUCAUUUGGUAUGUCAGGUAGAGAUCAGUUAAAUAAAAAGCUUAUUGAAGAAAUCAACAUCGGUGGAACAACAAAUGUUAUUGAAGGAUGUUAUGAUAACAAUAUAGAACGUCUAGUAUUUACCAGUACCUAUAAUGUAGUGUAUGGUGGCACAGAAAUUAUAAACGGCGAUGAAAGUUUACCCUAUCUACAAGAUGAUAAGUUUACAGAUCAUUAUUCUAAGACGAAAAGAUUAGCAGAAGAGAAGAUAAUGUCUGUGAAUGAUACAGAAACUAAAGAUGGUAAGAAGUUAUAUUGUUGUGCAUUAAGAUUAGCUGGUGUAUACGGUCCAGGAGAACAAAGACAUAUACCUAGAAUUGUGUCUUUACUAGAACAAGGUGUAGUCAAGUUUAUUUAUGGAGCAGCAGAUUCACGAGUUGAUUUUUUACAUGUUGAUAAUUUAGCACAAUGUCAUGCUUUAGCUGGGGAAGCGUUAACAAAAUCUAAACAUUAUAAAGCGGCAGGUCAAGUUUAUUUUGUAUCAGAUGGAAAACCAAUCAACAAUUUUGAAUUUUUCAGACCUUUGUUUGAAGGUUUAGGAUAUUCAUAUCCUUCUAUACGUCUACCAUUUGUUCUUAUAUUUUAUUGUGCUUUUGUGAUUGAAAUUAUUCAUUCAGUGGUAGGGAAGAUAUAUAAUUUCCAGCCCUUGUUAACAAGAACAGAGGUGUAUAAAACUGGUGUAACACAUUAUUUUAGUAUCAAAAAAGCCCAAGAUGAACUAGGUUACUCUCCGACCAAACAAAACGAUCUCUCCGAAGUGGUCCAACUUUAUCGUCAAAUGGGACGUGUAAAAUCAAAUCGCAAAAGUUAUUUUUCUGUCAGUGGUUUAAUUUUGAAUGUUGUGUUAUUUAUUGUGAUAUUUUCAAUGAUAAUGUCUUAUUUACCAUAUGUUAAAUGAUUAAAGUAUAUUUUUAGAUAAA